UUUGGGUUUGUCUAUCCUGGGCAGAAUCUUGAAGCUUGGGUUUCCCAUCGAUGUGGUGGCAUCGAGUACCUUAAUUGAUGGUCUCUUUAUUCAGGGCAAAACUGAUCAAGCACUGAGGUUCCUCAUGAUAUGGGACGAAAUGGCCCCGAACCUAAUGAGACCACGUAUGCAAUAAUCGCAAAGGGGUUAUGCAGGGCUGGUAACACCAGAUUGGCGAUUGAAUUGCUGAGGGACUUGGAAGAGAGAGGCUGCAGCAUCAAUUCCUUCACAUACAACAUAGUAAUUGAUGGUCUUUGCAAGGAGGGAUUGGUCACUGAGGCGUUGAGACUCCAUGAAGAUAUGAGUAGAAAAGGCGUCGAACCCGAUGUUGUUACUUAUAACACCUUGAUCCAUGGUCUGUGCGAUGUAGGCCAGAUGGAAGAUGCUCUCGUAUUGUUGAAAGAGAUGACGAGCGGAGGCAUCCAACCCGACAUAUUCACUUAUAGCUCCUUGGUUCAUUACUUGUGCAAGCUAGGCCAAUGGAAAGAUGCUACAGUCUUGUCGGAGAAGAUGAUGAAGUCAGGAAUUGAACCGAACGUCGUUACUUAUACCUCUGUCAUUCAAGGAGUUUGCAAUUCCAGCCAUUUGGAAGAGGCUCGAAGACUGCUGAGUCAUAUGGUGCAAUGCAGAGUCAUGCCGAAUGUUCUAACCUUCAAUAUUCUGGUGGAUGCACAUUGUAAAGAGGGAAUGCUUGUAGAAGCAGAGGCCAUAAUCAACCAGAUGAUUCAAUUAGGUAAAAUGCCUAAUAGCGUCACUCAUAAUGCAUUGUUGAAUGGGUAUUGUUUGCAAAAUAGGAUGGAUGAUGCUCUGGCAGUUCUUAAUUUGAUGCUUGAAAGAGGCUGCUCACCUAAUGUUGUUACUUAUAACACGUUGAUUAACGGAUACUGCAAAGCGAAAAGAAUUGACAAAUCAAAAAUACUGUUCCAAGAAAUGCUUGAAAGGGGCUUGAAUCCUGAUGUCAUCACGUACAACACUCUCAUAAAUGGAUAUUGCCAGGUUGGGAACCUUGAAGCCGUGGGGGAGCUAAUUAAUGAGAUGCAAUCUCGUGAUCUGUAUCUAAAUCAUUAUACCUUGUAUUCUUUCCUGGAUGGCUUGUGUAAAAUGCGACAGAUUGACAAGGCCAUGACAUUGCUUCGGAAGAUAAUAAAUGGCACGUGUAAUGCUGGAAAACUCAAUGGUGCAAAGGGGCUGUUUGAUUGUUUGCAUGCUCAAGGCUUGCAACCUAACGUGUGGACAUAUAACAUUCUCAUGCAUGAGUUGUGCAAAGCAGGACGUACGGAGGAAGCAUAUCUGCUUCUAAAGGAGAUGGAAGAAAAUGGAUGCUUUCCAGAUGGUGUCACUUACAACACAAUAAUCCAAGGACUACUAAGAAAUAACGAAAAUACUAGAGCAGCACAACUUGUCAAUGAAAUGGUUGAAAGGGGUUAUUCUGCAGAUGUAGCGACAAUGGAGUUGUGGAUCAAAUAUCUCAUGAUAAAUGGAACUUCUUCCUAUACUAGGAGAACUAUCCAUUGUCUCUGAGUUCUGUCCAAGUUUUCAUCUGAAAUGUGAUGAAGAGUAAAUCAGAUUAAUGCCAAGUUUUCUUCCAAACAUCUUCUCAUUGUGUCCCAUGUCCCAUUGAUGAAGUUGUUUCAAAUCUGAGAGACAAUUCACUGAAUCGAACUGCCCAAGAUGGCAAAUAUUUGGAGGGGUAUAAGGUGGAUUUUUAUCCUCAUAUAUCUAGGUUCGAUAUUUCAAAGAAGAGGCAUACCUUGAAGUGGAUGGUGUUUGAAUCGGCAGUGGAG